CGCAGUUUCCAGUUUCCAUUUCUCUCUCUCUUUCUCUAUGAGAGAGAUGGAGAGCUACGCUUUGUGUUCUCCAGUUGGUUUUACCUUUGACGUACGUAUCUUUCUCCUGCGUUCCCACUUAACUUAAACAAAAUUCUCUACUUAUUUUCUUCUAUGCCAUCAACCGCUAAUCCUAAAUAAGCCUGCUUUAUUUUUUCUAUAUGCAGACUUGUCUUCGCCAUUUUGCUUGCGGUGUUGGCAAACCAGAGCAUUUUUUUUCCCCAAUCUUCAAUUCAAUCUUCAUUACUAUCACCAUCACCAUCAUCUUCACGUAAUUCAGAGCUGAGCUGCUGUGAUCGUGGAGCAUCUUUUUGGGGGAAAAUGAUGAGCUGUUUCUACCUAUUCAAACGCAAGAGCAAAAGGGGUGGGAAUUCAGCACCUGAAUUAGGCACCGCCAGUACUGGAGAUAAUAAUUCCAGUAAUCGUGCGGUUAAAUCUACUGGUUCUCUACCAUCUCCCACUGCUCGGGGCAUACCGGAAAUGUACAGAGAGAGAGAGGGGAGCCUCAGGGUUUUCUCUCUCAUGGAGCUCAGAGAAGCAACCAAUAAUUUCAACAGACUGCUUAAGAUCGGAGAAGGCGGUUUCGGGAGCGUCUACAAGGGCUCGAUCAAACCCGCUGAUGGAGGGCUGGGACAUCCCACCAUUGUUGCCAUCAAGAAGCUCAACACGCAGGGCCUGCAGGGCCAUAAGCAAUGGAUUGCGGAGGUCCAAUUCCUUGGAGUGCUAGAUCACCCCAAUCUAGUCAAGCUUUUGGGAUAUUGUGCCGUGGAUGGAGAAAGAGGCAUCCAACGACUAUUGGUCUAUGAGUACAUGCAGAAUAAAAGCUUGGAAGAUCAUCUUUUCAAUAGGACCGUGCCUACGAUUCCUUGGAUAAGGCGACUAAGCAUUAUCCUUGGAGCUGCUCAAGGAAUGGAGUAUCUGCAUGAGGGUUUGGAAGUCCAGGUGAUUUAUCGAGAUUUCAAAUCAUCUAAUGUUCUACUGGACAAGGACUUCAAUCCCAGACUUUCUGACUUUGGUCUGGCAAGAGAAGGCCCCACAGGAAACCAAACUCAUGUCUCUACUGCGCCUGUCGGCACACGUGGAUAUGCUGCCCCAGAAUAUGUUGAGACUGGCCAUUUGUCAGUCAAGAGUGAUAUAUGGAGCUUUGGAGUUGUCCUGUACGAGAUACUCGCAGGGCGGCGGACCUUGGACAGAAACCUCCCAUCAACAGAACAGAAACUACUAGGGUGGGUGAAACAGUUCCCUGCUGAUAGUAAGAGGUUUAGCAUGAUCAUGGAUCCGCGUCUCCAAAACCAAUAUUCCCUACCAGCUGCUAGAAGAAUUGCAAAAUUAGCUGAUAGCUGCUUGAACAAGAAUCCAAAGGAUCGGCCAAGUAUGAGUCAAGUAGUGGAGAUCUUGAAGCAAGCUCUGGAAGAAUCACAAAGAAGUUCUUCAGAUCCAAGAGACUCCCAUUCAUCGUUAGCUACUCCGUCUGCCCCGAAUAAGCCAUUCAGAAGAACCGAAUAUGCUAGUACUUCCAGACAGGUGCCACAAAUGGCUAAGGUAAGUCAUUCAUUCUUGAUUGGGUCAAUUGCAUAUAUACACAAAAUAUAUCCAAAUUUCGGUUUUUAACCCCCACUAUUUUCUUAGUAAAAAAAUACAUAUAUUUUUAAUUAUUUUGGAAUUCAGCCAACCCGAAUUAGAGCUCCAAUCACACUUAAUCCUAUGUGGAAGUUGUAAAUUAUUUACGUGACAAUUCAAAAAUCAGAACUUCAUUUUGUCAGAACUGAUGUGUUCCCGAGAUGUGAUAUCCUCGCAUAUGCAGAUUCAAUCAAAGUUUUUGAAUUUCUGACUUCUAAAUUGCCAUGUACUAGUAACUAAUUUCUAGCUUUCACGUAGAAUUAAGCCUUACCCGAAUUCUAAAUGGGGUCGAAUUUAAAAAAAUUACAAGUUUAUGUAUUUUUUUUUUACCAAGAAGUAGUAUUGGUUAAAAACAGAAAAUUGAGUAUACUUGGUGUAUUUAUAUAGGCAAUUAAUCCCUGUCGAUUUGGUUAAGUUCAAGAAUUUGCGGUAGGUUUUAAAUCACCACUAUUUUUGUUGACAGGCUCAAGUUUGAUUCUUGGGUUUUGCUGCAAAAUGCAUAGGGAAGAACAUUUUUGGUUGCGUUUAUGUAGAAGGUGAGGGGUUUUACUUGUAAAUACGACAGAAUCUGUGAAUUUGCAUUGAUUUUUGUUGCUCAUAAUAGAACAAGAGAGUUAUUAGAAAGUGGGGGAGAGAAGAGUUAAGCUCAUUGUUGUAGCCACUUCCUCUUACGAUUGAUUGUAAGUAGCUUCAUUUUUAUUUAGAUUUGCUACAUUCUUUUA